CCCUGGAGAGGAGCGGUACACAAAUUCCACACGAGACGAGGGGAGAAGCGAGAAAAUCCAAGGUCGGAGGGGCAGAAAAGGCAGUUCGGAGGGGAAGAAAUGGGGUUCAAGAUAAAAUUCAAGAACCUACUGCGCGCCGCGGGAAGCAGCCGAUACGGCAGCGGCGGCGGCGGCGCCACCGGCGAGGCUGCACCGACGACGCCACCACGGGUUCCGCUCGCACCACCGCCCGCGUCGCCCACCUCGCCGUCCCCGCUUCAGGCGCCACGACCCCCUCCGCGUCCCGCCGGCAAGGACACGGAUGAAGGACCGGAUGAUGAGGAUUGGCAGGAGGUGGCAGAUGAUGAGGAUGAAGGACCGGAUGAUGAGAAUUCGCAGGAGGUGGCAGACGAUGAGGAUGAAGUACCAGAUGAUGAGAAAAGCUACACUUUGUUGUUCAUGAGCGGUCAAAGCAAAAACCUCCCACAUGAUAUUCUUCGGCAUGACUCAGUGCCGCUCAACCAAAAUGAAUAUUUUUUCGCAGCGCAAAAACUGGAAGCAACUUCUGGAUGGCAAGCGAACAUACCUCCGACCACCAAGGGGGCACCAUGUUCUCAGUGAUGUUUUCAAGUGUCCGGAUACUCGUAAAGCUGCAUUAGGACGCCAGAAACGACUCUCGCGUUUGGUUGAGAAACAUUCAAAGAAUUUCUUCAAGGAAAAGAUCAAGAUUCUCUGUCAGCAUUAUGCGCACUUCAGAAGAACUCGUGGAGAUGGCAGCUGUUUCUACAGGGCAUUCUUAUUCUCCUACUUGGAAAACCUUGGAUUAAUGCAAGAUAGUCAAGCUGAAGUUACUCGUCUAAUGGAACAUGUGGCUAUGUCCAGAGAGAAUUUCUGUCGUCUGAAAUGGGAUAAAGCAUACUUCUUAAAUCCUGAAGAAUACUUUUCAAGUGUUGUUUCUGAGUUCAGUCAUUUGGUCAACUCAGUUGCGAAUGGUCUGAGUUCUAGUGAGCUGUACAAUAGAAGUAUACAAGAGAUCGUGCCACUCAGGAUUAUUUCUUUGCUAAGAUUGCUGGCAGAGACUGAGAUCCGAUCACGAGAAGACGAUUACAAAUCACUUCUCCCAAAAGAAAUGGAUGCCCUUACGUAUUGCUGCAAGGAGCUGCGUCCUCUGGAUGUUGAAGCCGAGGUGCUACCAAUGAGGGCUCUAACAUAUGCGCUUGGCAUUCCGUUGCGUGUCGAAACUGUGGGCGAAGGUUCGAAUUGUGGAAUUCAAGUGGAGCGCCUUGAUUUAUUCCCCCGAUCGGAAUCGGGGAAGGGUCCUCUUCAUUUGGUACAAAGCUACUGGUCAUCCAUCACAACCCCUGGACCACAGGAUAUCGGAAGGGGCAACUUGUUAUCAUCUGACGGCACACCUUUGCUGACAUUGUUGUGUAGGCCUAGGCACUGUGACAUUCUUUAUCGCAGUGAACAAAACUAAGUGUAGAAAUAUCACUUCCUGUAGCCUACCUGGCAAGAAAAAUACUAGAUGAUGGUGUAGAAAUCUAGUGAUACUAUGGGCUUUCUUUUAUUGGCAUCUGCUCUCACAGUACUUGUGAUUAAUCUUUGAGCAAAAGCCAAAAGCUGCUUCAUUGGCUUGUACAUGGUGUGUUUUUCUUGAUGUUGUCCACAACUGCUUCUGUAUUUGGUGGUAUGCUAGUCGUUUUUUA